GUGUGUGUGUGUGUGUGUGUGUGACAUUCCAGCAGUGGAAACCUGAGAAGGUGGGACUCUUUCUGGUGAUCGAGGGGAGCUGAGGUGUCAGAAUUCCAAUUUCCAGAAAACGGUUGCUCCCAAUAACACACUGUGUCACACACACACACACACACAGUUGUAAACAUUGUCUCUCUUUCUCUCGGCUUCAUUCAGAAAUGUUGCCUCACACCAGUGUGAACUUCUCUGCUUCCUCCUCCUCCUUUAUAUCUAUCCUUUCUUCCUUCCUUCCUUCCUUCCUUCCUUCUCUUCCGUCCUCAAACUAAGCGCUCCCUCGCUCUAUUUUCCCAAAGACAGAGAGAGAGAGAAGAGGGAAGAGUUUGAGGAUCUCAGGCUCCUCCUACUUUCCGGAGAUGCUCCAGCCCAUCCCUAAAUUAUGGACCAAUGAGUGAAGCUCAUUCACAGCUCAUGCAGCUCCUCUACAAUAGGUAAAGAGAGAGAGAGAGAGAGAGAGAGAGAGAGAGAGAGAGAGAGAGAGGAACACACACACACACACACACACACACAGAGAGAGAGAGUGUAAAUGAAGAGGAGAUGAAGAGGUAGACGAGACAGGAGACAAUAAGACACACAGACAGACUGACGGACACCUUCCUCAUUGAUCAUUGAUCUGAAGACACCAUGCUGGUGGACAUGCAGACAGGUGGACGGUCACACAUGUCUCCUGUGCUCCUGCUGCUCUGCAUGAUGGCAGCAGUUUGGGGUCAGAGCAGACGGGGGUCAGCAGCAGAGACGUCCCUCUGUCCGUCUCCAUGUCAGUGUGAAGACGAUGGGAUAUACGUCAUGGUGGACUGUUCUGAGUUAGGACUAUCAUCUGUGCCGCUGAACCUGAGUCCACUUACCACGUAUCUGGACCUGAGCAUGAACAACAUCAGCGAGAUCCCGUCCAGAGCCUUCCACCGCCUGCACCUGCUCUCAGAGCUGCGUAUCUCGGGGAAUCAGCUGAGGUACAUCUCGGGUCACACUCUCCAGGGUCUCUACAACCUCAAAGUACUGAUGCUGCAGAACAACCAGCUGGAGAGGCUUCCUGAUGACGUGCUGUGGGACCUGCCCAACCUACUGUCCUUGCGUCUGGAUGCUAACCUGUUGUCAGAGGUUCCAGCCGGGACCUUCCGAGGGGUCCGAUCCCUCCGACACCUGUGGCUGGACGACAACUCGCUCACAGAAAUCCCAGUGACGGCCCUGGACUCUCUGCCCUCCCUGCAGGCCAUGACGCUGGCACUCAACCAGAUCACACACAUCCCAGACUUUGCCUUCACCAACCUCUCCGCCCUCGUCGUGCUUCAUCUACAUAACAACCAGAUCCAGAGCAUGGGAGCGAGAUGUUUUGAGGGUCUGCAAAGUCUGGAGACGCUGGAUUUGAACUACAACAAUCUGCAGGAGUUUCCUGUGGCCAUCAGGACACUGAGCAAGCUGCAGGAACUCGGUUUCCAUAACAACAAUAUCAAAGCCAUUCCUGAGCGAGCCUUCGUGGGAAACCCUCUGCUCCAAACCAUUCACUUCUAUGAGAACCCCAUCCAGUAUGUGGGAAAGUCCGCCUUCCAGUUCUUACCGAAGCUGCACACACUUUCUCUUAAUGGAGCAGCUCAGAUUCAAGAGUUUCCUGAUCUGAAAGGAACCACCAGUCUGGAAAUUUUGACGCUGACCCGGGCUGGUCUCUCCGCUCUGCCACGGGAUCUGUGCGAGCAGCUGCCUCGCCUCAGAGUGCUGGAGCUGUCUCACAACCAGAUCGAGGAUCUGCCCAGCUUUUACCACUGCUCUGCUCUGCAGGAGAUAGGGCUUCAACAUAACCAAAUCAGGAGGAUAGAGUCGAGCACGUUCAAGCAGCUGACCUCUCUGCGAGUGCUAGAUCUGAGCUGGAACAUGAUCGAGUGGAUUCACCCCGACGCCUUUUUCUCUCUUCACUCUCUGGUCAAACUGGACCUGACGGAGAACCGACUCAGCUCAGUCCCCGUCGCAGGUUUGGGGGGCCUCACACAUCUGAAGAUGAAGGGCAACACAGAUUUAUACGAGGCCUUCAGCCCCGAUCACUUCCCACGCAUGAGGGUGAUUGAGAUGCCUUACGCCUAUCAGUGCUGCGUUUACGGCUCGUGCGACAGCUACAAACCGGCUAGUCAGUGGGACACGGAGCAGAGCAACAUCGAUGAGGACCUGCACAAAAGGACUGUGGCCAUGUACCCUAUCCAUGCCGACAGACACUAUGACCCUGACCUGGAGGAGUUCCAACUGGAGAUAGAAGAGUCAAAAAUUCAAACCAGUGUCCAGUGCACACCCACCCCAGGUCCUUUCCGUCCAUGUGACUCCCUGCUGGGCAGCUGGCUGGUCCGUGUGGGCUUAUGGUCCAUUUCCCUGGUGUCUCUGCUGGGAAACACCGUCCUGCUCCUGUCCCUCUUCAGUUCACCGGGCUACCUGUCACCGCUCCGCUUCACUGUCGCCUGCAUGGGCGGGUCCAACCUUCUGACAGGUGUGUGCACGUGCACCCUGACCCUUGUGGACACUCUAACUCUGGGGGAGUUCAACCACCACGGCGCCCGCUGGGAGGGGGGUCCUGGUUGCCAGGCAACAGGAUGGGUGUGGGUGUUUGCAUCCGAGGCGAGUGUAUUGCUGCUGACGCUCGCAGCUGUGCAGUGUGGCGUGAGCGUGACUUGUGCUCGAGCUUAUGGGAAAUCCCCGUCCCUCGGAAGUGUACGCACAUGUGCGCUUUUCUGCCUCACCCUCUCCCUCACCCUCGCCUCCCUCCCACUGGUGGGAGUUGGGGAGUAUGGGUCAUCACCUUUUUGCCUUCCCUCGCCCCUGCCACCGCCUUCCUCCCGGCUGCCGUCCUCGCUUGGCUUCCCCUUAGCCCUCAUCAUGAUGAACACGCUGUGCUUGCUUAUAGUCACAGGUUCAUACAUUCGCCUUUACUGGGAGUUACUGCGGGGGGAGUGCGAGGGCCUGUGGGACUGCGCCAUGAUCAAACACGUCGCCUGGCUUAUAUUCACCAAUGGCCUCCUCUAUGUACCAGUAGCGUUCCUCUCCCUCUGCUCCCUUCUGGGUCUCCUCUCUCUGGGAGAGGAGGUGCUGAAAUCAACCCUUCUGCUUCUCCAGCCUCUGCCCGCCUGCCUCAACCCGCUCCUGUUCCUCCUCUUCACACGAGACCACACCCAGAUCUUCUCCUGGUCUCGCCCCAAAGCUCAUCCACAGCUACGCCGGGACCCCACUCUGGAUUCACUGGUUUCUGUGGAGACGGAGAAAAGUUCCUGCUCCGAUUCGUCAAUGCAGACAUCACUUGCCGAUGUGGACGGCAGUGGGUCCUCUUUCCGACCUCAACUAGACCCAGUCCGAUUUUCCCACUGUUCAUCAUCUUCCACGGUUCCUCUCAUCCCUUGUCAGAUACCCACUCCUGCUAGCAGAGAUAGAGAGCGGCCAAGCCUGGACCAGGACGAAGUUUUAUGGAGUUUGGAUCAAGAUGUGACUCGUAACGCGUACUCGCUGUAUCACUCCGCCAUCCCCCCGGCUCUCACGUCUCAUGCGUGAUCCUCCAAGCUCUGGCUGUUUGAAUCACUGGGACACUUUAGACAUUCAAGGACCAUCAUCGAACAGCAGCAGCUUUGGGUUUUUUGAUCCUCAAACAUCUCAGACUGAGUCCACACAGAAACUGUAGAGUCAAAAGAUCCCUUCACUAUUAAAGACUAUCAAAGGAAACACCUCAAUCCAGCGUGACUGUUAAAUUAAAGGACAGUUUUGGACAUUUCUCAGUGGACUGCGUCAGUCAUGGACACAAGAAAAAAACUUUAAAAAAAAGAGCUUAAUCUAACAAUCAGACAAGUCGAUGUUUUAGUCUGGCGGGAGUUUCGGGUAGAUUCAGUAGAGUUUUACGUGUAAAUGUUCAUACUAAAAUGUGAUAAUGAGGUUACAGAUAUUUUAAAUGGAGUUCUUAUCUUAUUUUUGUUUUGUUGCGGAUAAAAGUUCUAUGCUCUUGCUACGGUCCGUUUCAAAUAAAAGGGAUUAAUCACCAGACACAUCAGGAAAUUCUACCGGAGUAAGCUAAGAUUUGUCGUUUUGCUCACAGAGACGACAUACUUCUCAGACACUGUAAUAGAAAAACGCAACAGGAAAUAUGUUUUUUACGAUGUUUACAUGAUUUACGGUACCUUCAAAUUAGUAUUUGCGACAUUGUGAGUUUUGGCGUUCAUUUUCCAUUGCGCAAUAAAUUAAUAUAUCGAUUUUAGUGAUACAGAGAUUAGAAUUGAACUACACCAACGUUGGCCACAUGCUAGCUAGAGUUGUCUUUUGCUUACACGAUGGUGUUCUCUUAACUAAAGGCCGUGUUAUACUUCCGUGUGCAUGGCGCAAACUGCAUCACAUCAUCAACGCACAGCACGUGCAGCCCGGAUUUUGGAACCGCGUGCAACAAGCGUGUUGGGUGCAUGUGGACAGCGCAUGCGCGACCUAAACCUCCGCCCCACCGGGGGCGGCUACCCUAACAGAAGCAAUGCAGCAUGUGUGCGGAAGUGCAUCACAGGCUUUGGUUUUUCACUGCAGUUCAUAACGUCUCUACCCAUGUCGUAAACACGGGUUCUCGACCCCAUUUCAAGGCACCGUUUAUCUCACAUUAUGCAACUCUGCCAACAGGAGGCGGCGGUCGUACAGACUGUAAUGGGAUGUAGCUACCUUUCUACAGACAUUAGUGCUAGUAGGCUAGCAAUGUGUACAUACAAUGUAACUACCUCUGAACUAGCAUGGUAUUGACUCCCUACAUCCUUAUUGGUGUUUUGUCUUUUUUAUAUAAUAAAAGCAAAAAUAUAAUUUCAUGUUAAGAAAUAAAUCCUUAGUUUGUAAAAAAAAAAAAUUUGUGUUGCCAUUUAGGAUGUACAUACUUUGUAUACAACUGGUAAGCAUAUGUUUGAAUAAAAUUAUUACCUUCAUACUGUA